GUAUCAAAUUUUAAUGACGUCAAUUUAAAAAGAUAUAAAAACUGUUUCAUAACCAUAUCGAGGUUUUCUCGUGGGCGGAAGUGAAAAAAUAAUUAAACAUUUUUUAGCAUUGUUAACAGAAGUUGGAAUCAUAGAAAAGUAGGCUAUGUUGAAGACGUGUUGCGUUGUAUUGCUGGCGUUCGCCGUUGUACAUGGAGAUCUGGGAGAGGAUUCUGUAUAUACUGCAGCAAUCGACAAAACAGUUUCAAGCGAUGUAGACGAUGGGACAAAUGCCAUAUUCAAAUUUCUGGGCUUCAAGUGCCCGAAAGGACACCGUUGUUUACCGGUGCUAGAGUGUCUACCGUGUGAUUAUGGUACCUACAAAUCAAACGAAGGCUCGGACUUGUGUGAGAACUGCCCGAAUGGCUGUACCACGCUGAGGAAAGGGGCAGAGAGCUGGAAGGAAUGUGUUCCAAAGUGCCCGCCCGGAUAUGAGGAAUCUAAGUGCGGUAAAACAUGCACAAAAUGCCGAGCUGGUUAUUACAAGAGUAACUGGAAAAACAAACUGUGCCGGAAGUGUCCAACUAAUUCAAACUGGAAUAGUAACAGAAUCGGAAUGAAGAAAAAGAGUCAGUGCUACAAUAUUGCCAAACCUGAAUGCGAUGAUUAUGUUGGAAAUAUUGUGUUUGCGAUGGACGCAUCCUCUGCUGUCAGUGAGGACAAUUUUGCUUUACAACUUGAAUCACUAAACGACUUUGUUGGCGCAUUUAACGUGAAGCAGGGCGUCGAUACCACGCGAUUUGCAGUUGUGACGUAUUCAAACCAAGUUGAUGACGUAAUCUUGUUUACGGACUACGCUGACAAAGCGGAACUUCAAACUGCAAUUGGUGACCUACAAUGGAGUAAUGGAAACUCACCAAAUAUUUCGACAUCAUUGGACUACAUCAAUUCGAACCUAUUGUUCAGUGAUUUUGGCAGUGACGUCGUUCCAUACACAGUUAUAGUUGUAACUAACGGCAAUUCUCCAAUUCCAUCACAAACUGCUCACUCAGCGUUCGCUUUAAAGCAAAAUGUUGACAAGGUUUUUGCUGUCGGUAUUGGUAAUGUUAAUGAUACCGAAUUAAUGAGCAUCGCGUCUCACCAGGACUAUGUAGUCAAAGUUGAUAACACCGAAGAACUAACAAAACGUUUACCUGAUCUCACUGAUAAUGCAUGUGAGUUGUUGAAGGAUGAUCCUGAUGACGAAAUAACAGAGUCCACAACUGUUAUGACACCAACUGCAGGUGGAGAUCGUUGCUUCCGUGAGCACGGAACUUGUACCCUCGAAGAAUACAAUAAUUUAAGACUGACAGCUCUUCAUGGAACGAAUUGUGAACAGUUUUGUCAGUGUUCACAUGCGUCAACGGAAUUAGACGGUUCCGUCACGCAUUACUGGGUGGAACAAUCAUGCGGCCCAGGAACAUUGUUUGAUGAACGCAUUUCCGUCUGCAAUCACGAUUACGACGUUGAAUGCAAUGACACUCCCCCACCAACAGAAGCACCAACACAAGCACCAACCCAAGAACCAACAGAACCAAGUGAUGAAUCAACAAGUGCUCCUGGUGGAGAUCGUUGCUUUAAAGAACACGGAACUUGUACCCUCGAAGAAUAUGAAGAUGUAAGACUUACUGCUCUGCACGGUACGAAUUGUGAACAAUUUUGUCAAUGUGCGCAUGAGUCAACGGAAUUAGACGGUUCCGUCACACAUUACUGGGUGGAACAUUCAUGCGGCGCAGGAACAUUAUUUGAUGAAAGCAUUUCCGUCUGCAACCAUGAGGACAGUUUUACUUGUACUGACACUUCUCCUCCAACACAAGCACCGACACAAGAACCUACAGAACCAAGUGAUGAAUCAACAGAAGUUCCUGGUGAAGAUCGUUGCUUCGAAGAACACGGAACUUGUACGCUCGAAGAAUACAAUAAUUUAAGACUAACAGCUCUUCAUGGAACGAACUGCGAACAAUUUUGUCAGUGUGCGCAUGAGUCAACAGAAUUAGACGGUUCCGUCAAGCAUUAUUGGGUGGAACAUUCAUGCGGCGCGGGAACAUUAUUUGAUGAAAGCAUUUCCGUCUGCAACCAUGAAAGCAGCUUUAAUUGUACUGAUAUCUCUCCACCAACUCAAGGACCAACAGAAGCUCCAACGCAGAUACCUACAGAACCGAGUGAUGAGUCAACAGGUGCCCCUGAAAAUGACCGUUGCUACGCUGGUUUGGGCGAUUGUUCCUUAGAAGAUUUUGAGGACAGGAGACUUAAUCUUCUUGGUGGUACAAAUUGUCGUUACUUCUGCCAGUGUGCGCAUGCGUCAACGUUGAAUACCGGCGCCGUAACCCACUAUUGGGUAGAACAUAUGUGUCCAUUGGGGACAUUAUUUGACGAUUCUUUGCCGGGAUGUGGCCACGAAAGUCAAGUGACAUGUUCUGAUACAGGGCCUUCCACAAUACCACCAUCGACGAUUCCUCCGUCCACCCCAGCACCAAUUGACAACCCAGGUUGUAUUGAAGCAGAUCCAUGCAGCCAGCAUGAUUAUGAAGUACGGCGCUUAAAACCUUUAUACGGCUCUGGCUGUGAACAGUUCUGCCACUGUGCUCACCAGGAGGGAUCCGCUGGUACCAACGUUGAAUACUACUGGGAGGUACAGACUUGCCCUCCGAGCACUCUGUUUGACGAAAGUCUUCCAACCCCUGUGUGUAAUCAUGACUAUAACGUUGAAUGUGAAGAUAUCCCAACAUGAAAAUGAUGCACAAUUUUGAAGAGUUGUUUAAGAACGUUAAUACAACACGAUAGAAUUAAAAAAAAUGUAUUUCGCCAAUGUAAUUUUGCAAUUAUAAAUAGACAGCCCUGAUUCUCUUUUAACUGGACAAUGCAUACGUACAACUACUCUUUUCAAUAUACAAUAAAUACUUUAACGGUGAUUCUUAAAUAGACGCCAUUUUGUUAAAUAGACAAUACAGAAACCGAGCCACAUCUUAUUUCUCUUGACAUCUGUUUACCUACAUUUGUUUCUGAAUUGUAAGUUACAAAACCUUCACUGAAUCAAGAUGUUAAGGAUUAGUUUAAAGAACAGCAGUUUUGUAAGUUUAUAACAUACUUUAGGCCUUUUUAAAAGUCUCUAUGAAUUUAGAUUGCUUAAUUACAAUAUUCUAAAAUUCAAUUAUUCAAUUUCAAUUCAAUUUUUCAAAUUCAAUUGCAAGAUGUUCUCGUUUUACCCCGAUUAUCUUUUUUAAAAGGAUACUUAUUGUUUCCUUUCGGUGUCUUACUAUUAUCUAAUAUUUAAAUGUAAAGCCAAAUGUUCGCUAAAUAUACUUCCUUAUAGCAAACCUAUAUAAUUAUAUGCACCAAUUUCAAAUUCCCCAUUUUUAUACUUUGGGUAAAAAAAUGCCAAAAAUAAAUGUUUUCGUGGUGGAUCAAGAAAUGGCAGUCUGGUCCAAAUUCAAACAAUUUAAUGUCACAAUAUAUUGUUGGAUCAAAUCUAAAGUAAGAAUAUCAUUUUAUAUACUAUAAAACCAAAACAUAUUUAAAAAAAUGUCUUUAUGGUCGGGCAAGAAAAUAGUUGGUAAUUUUCUGUAUUACUUAUGAAAUUAAUUAAAGUUUGAAUCACUAUAUAACAAAUUAAAGUUGUUUUAACAUUUACAUUGCCGUGUGAAAAAAGGUCAACAACAUUUGCAUAAAUAUUUCAAUUAACGAAAGAAAUGUACAUUUGUAAACAUGAAAAUUGUUGUAAAAUACAUAAACUCCACUUGUUAACUUUGAUUAUUUGUUGUUAUUGGUAGUUUUUGAUUUUUCGCUUUGUUUUAUUUCUGUUGUUUUUGUUGUUUUUUUUUUGUUUAAGUUCAUUUUGGGCGUCUUUGACUGCUAUCUUUUGUGUGCAUUUGUCAGUCAUAUGGUUUGAUAAUUUGCUAUAUUUUACUCUUUUUUUUUCACAAUAUCAAACAUGUACUUUGAUCUGAGUUCUGGAAAUAAGUAAUACUUUUAAAAAGUUAGCAUUCAAUAGGAGUGAAAAUUGAAAGGUUGGCUGGGCUGUAAUUGUUUCAUACAUUGUAUGAAAGCAUAUAAGAUAGAGCAUCGGUGACGAAGUCAAGCUAGCACCUGAUCGAGCACUGUGCAAUAUACAGACGUUAAGAUAAAUUGGAUCUGAUAACCGCAAAAAAACUAGACAAUAGGAAAACUCUGCACAGCCACUAGGAAACAGUCCGAACCGCCAUUGUCAUUUAGCUGUUUAAAUAGUGACCCAUCUUCAUCCCUACUCCAACAGCAGUGUCAACAACUCGGAAAUUUGUAGACUUUGAAUCGGCUACAUUUUGUGAAUUAAUUUUGUUUUCAAAAAUUCUUUUGACUUGAUACUACUUACUGAUUGUCAAAGUUUUUAUUACUGAUUGUCAAAGUUUUUAUUCAUUGUUUUUUAUAUACGUUUUAUUUUAUCAUUUCCCCUUUCUUUACAUUGUUUGUUUAAGUUGCAAUCUUUUGUCCUCUGAAUAUAAUGUUAUUGUUUGUAUUGUUAAAAUAUAUUUUACGUUCAUGCUUUCGCUUUAAAAAGAAAAUGAAAACGUUUUAUCAAAAUCAAACUCAUUAUAUCUAAAACUUAUAGUAAAAUAGUUUCAUCAAAUUCAAUUGCAAGUUUAUGUAUCAAAACUCCUUGUUAAAUGAAAAAAACAUCAGUUAUAUUUUUAAACCAGUUAAGGAACCUAAAUGUAAAAUUAAAAAAAAUAAUUGUUUGUUUAACAACCAUUCUAUUCUAUAUAUGUUUGUAUCCUUGUCAUCAUGAAAUUAAACGGUUUGAAUUCAUAGUCACAUU